AUGCAUUAAAAAGCAAAUCGGAACAAUAUUUUAAUGUAGUGAAUACAUUGUGAGAGAUAUGACAUGUUUUGAUUACUACAUUCAUGACCGUAACUUUAUCUCUAUAAAGGUUAAACUAUUUGGGGUAAAUUUAUUCUUAAAUGAAGAUAGGACAGAUUUUAGUUAUAUUGUUGAGAAAGCAGUGAAAAAGAUGAUUGAAAUAUUAGCGUCGGAAUAAAAAAUUAAUUGCAAAGAAUUAUUUUCAAAUUACUUUGAAAUUACUGUAAAAUUAAAUAAGGACAAGCUAUAUCUAUAUUUAGAGGUAGUAUAGAUCAACUGAGUUAACAGGUUUCAAUAAGAUUAUCAAAAAAAUGGCUACAGGUGGAAAAAUAAAUACGGAUAUUCUUUUUGAUGAAAUAUUUGUUGUAUUAUGUUCAAUGUGUAAAAAAAAUAAAGGUAAAAACAUUGAAGGUAAAAAAUUCUGUGUAGACUGCAACGAUUAUUUCUGUAUAAAAUGUGUAAAAGUUCACAAUCAAGUGCCUGUAUUAGCUGGUCACAAAGUGUUGGAUAAAUCUCAAGUAAAGUCAGGAACCAGUAAAGGUCUGGUGAGGGCACCGGCAGAGAGAUGUGACAGACACAGUCAUAAACACAUUGAUAUGUACUGUCAGAACCAUGAUUAUGUCGGCUGUUCUACAUGUAUGGCAAUUGAUCAUAGAUCAUGUAAGGAUAUAUUCUACAUACCAGAAUUUAUCCAAAACAAAUCUUAUCACGUAGCUUCAAGAGAAAUUCAAACAAAGCUGAAGGCAUUAACCAAGAUUCUUGCUGUACAAGCUAACACAUUUCAACAGGAUAAACAGAACCUUCUGAAAAGAAAGGCUGAGUUACUGGACGAUAUCAGAAAAUUCCGGCAAGAAAUUAAUGACCAACUUGACAAGCUGGAGAAAAUUUCUGUAGAUGAGAUUGAAAAUAAAUUCAAACUUCUUGAAGGCAAGAUUGAAGAAGGUCUUAAACAGCUACAAGCACACAAAGCAAAGGUUACAUCAGCUUAUGAUAAAUUAGCAUCUACAAACCCAAAUCAAGCUGAAGUGUUUGUUCAUGUGAAGAUGGGGGAAAACACUGAAAAUGUUGCCAACAAAUUUAUAGAAGAUACCAAAAUAAAGAUUACAGUAAGUGACAUACAGUUGCAACCUGACAGAAAUCUCCUUCAACAGCUGAAACAAAACAAAACAAUCGGCAUGCUAACAGCGAAAACUAUGAAGACUGAUGAUCUACUUCAGAUUACAGAAGGACAAUCAUACUGUGUCAAAGUUAAGUCUGAUGACUAUAAUUGUCAUAUCACCAGUGCUUGCUAUAUGGAAAAUGGUAAAAUAAUCCUAGCUGAUUUCAACAACAUGAAGCUUAAACAGUUUGAUUGUCACAAUUAUAUAAUUACAGAUUGCUAUAAAUUACCUGGAAAGUCCUGGCAAAUAUGUAAAAUUAACGAAACACAAGUAGCAGUAACAUUUAACUCCAUACAGGAAAUUCAUUUGAUUUCUGUAGACAGAAAAAUGGAAACAAUAGACAAGAUUAAAAUUGAUUUUGACUGUCGUGGUCUUGCAUAUGCAAACAAUCAUUUAUAUUUUUCAGAUGAAACAUCGGUCUAUAUCUACACUAUGACUGGCAGGAAACUUAAACAGUUUAGUACUGACCGGUCAGAAAAGAAACUCUUCACUUCUAUACGCAGUAUAGCUGUCAGUAAGGAUGCUACAAGGAUUUAUGCUGCUGAUGCUAAUAAAAGACUGAUAGUACUAGACAGCAAUGGUCAGAUUGUAAGAACAUUUAAUGGUAAACAAUUACAAUUGUCUAUAUAUUGUCAUUUCACUGAAGAAGGUAGUGUGCUGGUAUGUGGAUAUACCCCUAAUAAUGUUUUACAGUUUACAUCUGAUGGUCAGCUGAUAGGAGAAGUCAUAAAAGCUGACAUGGGAAAACCAAGAAUUUGGUCAGUUUGUUGUAAUCAACAAAUGUCUAAGAUGUGUAUUAGUAGAGAUGAUGAAAACAAUAUUGAAGUGUAUGAUAUCUGAUCAGUUAUGAAAAUGAAUACAACCAAGCACAUAAUAAUGAUUAUUGUAACAAAAAUAAUGAAAGAAUGAAUGUAAAAAAUGUGUAACAAAAAAGACAGAAAACAUAAUAUGUAUGUAUAUAAGAAAUGGUCAUACAGAGAUUCUUUGUCUUCAAAAAAGUUACAUGUACUACAUAGAAAGUUAAAAUGUGCUCAUGUUUGCAAUGAAGAAUUUUUUGAAUAAAAGUUGUAUUCAAAUCAUAUCAUUUUCUUUCAUGUGCUGUAUUUCUUAUA